CGUGCCGGGAAGACGCGGCUGUUGCGGACGCCGGCGGAGUUGGCGUCAUGGUCGUGCUGGGCUUCGCCUCGUUGCUGGGUCACAUACCGGCCACAUCGUGGAGAGCGGCAAGAUCACCCAUUCUGUGUCAUUCUUUGAGGAAAAUAAGUUCUCAAGGAGAAAAAUCCGAACCCGUCAAACAACCCCUUAAGAAGCCAAAGUUACCAGAAGGUCGUUUUGAUGCACCAGAAGACUCCAAUUUAGAGAAAGAACCACUGACAAAAUUUCCAGAUGAUGUUAAUCCUGUUACCAAAGAAAGAGGUGGACCCAGAGGCCCAGAACCUACCCGAUAUGGAGAUUGGGAACGAAAAGGACGCUGUAUUGAUUUUUAAACCACAUAUUCGUUGACUUCAGUAUCUUUUUCUGAUUGUGUACAUCUGAAUUAACUUAUUUUUGAUUAUUUUCUUUCUGUAUAUCCUUUAAGUCACCUAAUUUCUAUAAUGUGUUUAAAAAUAUAUAUAAUAGCUUUGGAAGAAAAUAUGCUGCUAUAAAUCAGGAAAGAGGAAAUAUUAGCACAUUAAUUUUAAUUUAAAUGUUUUGGGGUAUUUAAGUGAUGAUUAGAGCUGCAAACUUUUAUUUAUCAUGUUUCAGUUUAAGUUAAUCAGUUGCUUAUAAGAUACAAAUGUAAAUAAAACAACUUUUUUUUUUAAUGAUUUUAUUGCCAUGUGCUAGGUAAUAGUGACUUUUUAAAUGUGAGUUAAGUAAUGCAUUAUAGUUUGGUAAGGCCUCAGUAACAGCAGAAAAUCUUUAACUCUGGAGCCAGAUUACUUGGGUUCAAAUCCCAGCUCCACUAUUUACUAGCUUAUGUGACCUUGGGUAAGUUAUUUAACUUCUCUGUGCUUCAGUAUCCUUAUGUGUAAAUUGGAAAUAAUACUAGUUCCACCUCAUAGGACAGUUGAGAAGAUUAAAUGAGUGAAUACAUGUAAACCCCCUGGAGCAGUGCAUACUACAAGAGCUGAAAGGAGUUGCCUCUGGAGGCGAAUUGGGUGGACAGGCACUGCGGUUUCACAUUAGAUGCUCUCGUUCUUAAAAUAAAUGAAUAUAUUAGGUACUGUUUUAAGGAUUUGUACAAGUUCACUGGGGAAAUUUAGAAAACAGUGUAAAGAAGAAAACAAAAAUUGUGUAUAAAACCUCUAUACCUGGGCUUCCCUGGUGGCGCAGUGGUUGAGAAUCUGCCUGCUAAUGCAGGGGACACAGGUUUGAGCCCUGGUCUGGGAAGAUCCCACAUGCCGCGGAGUAGCUGGGCCCGUGAGCCACAACUACUGAGCCUGUGCGUCUGGAGCCUGUGCCCCACAACGGGAGGGGCCGCGAUAGUGAGAGGCCCGCGCACCGCGAUGAGGAGUGGCCCCCGCUUGCCGCAACUGGAGAAAGCCCUCGCACGAAACAAAGACCCAACACAGCGAAAGAAAGAAAGAAAGAAAGAAAGAAAGAAGGAAAGAAGGAAAGAAGGAAAGAAGGAAAGAAAGAACGAAAGAACGAAAGAACGAAAGAAAGAAAGAAACUAUAAGAUCCAGCUCUUCCCUUUUAAAAAAAAAAAAACCUCUACACCUGCUUACCCUUUGAUGUAUUGUCCUUCAAUAAUCUAAGUAAAUAUACAGUUUUUUUAUAUCUGUUAUCCUAACAAUUUCGUAGUGAAAAUGAUGUUUCACUACUUGAAUCUUCACUUUCUUAAUCACAAGUGAUGUUAAACACUCUUCUCUAUGUUUAUCAGCCUUCUGUGUCUUCUGUUAAUUGCUUUUUCUUAUCUUUUGCUCAUUUUCUGUUGGAUAUUGGUCUUUUGUUAUCAAUUUGUAUGAGACUUCUGCUUUUCACUUGUGCUUAUUUAUGUUGAAACUUUUCUUAUUUUUGUGGCAUCAAAUUUUUUAAUCUUUGUAUAACUCGGUCUCUGUGACCUUAAUGUACUCAUAUCCCUUCACACGUUCCUUGGUGGUUCCUGUUCAUGAUGAAGUCUUAAGUUCUGUGUCCUUCCUGUUCUGCCCCUUUACAUCUGUUCAGGCCCCUCCUUCCCAGUCAAGCCCCACUACUCACAGCCUCUUAGACAGGCUUUUCAUCGCCUCCAUGUGUUGGUGGAUAAACAUGCCUUCUGCCUGAAAUGCCCUCUUCUUUACUGUCUGCCUAGAAAACACCUAUCAAGCUAUACCUCACUUCCUUGACUAUCUUUUCUGUGUCAUUUCCACAUUCAACUAUUACAGACGUACUAACUUGUUUUAGAAUUAAUUUUCAAUUCUGCGUCCUCCAUUAGUCUGUGGGCUUCCUUAUCUGUCUUAUAUUCCUUAUGUAUUUCAUUCAGUUUUGUACCCCCAAUUGCAGCAUGGUGCUGGGCAUUUAAUAAACACUCAACAAACGUAGACUUAGUUUUGAAUCAUCCAGCAGAACUCCACAAUGGCCCCCGAGAUUCCCUCUCCCUGGUGUGCGUGUGAAUACGAUGAGAUAGUCAUUCCCUUGAUUAGGUUACAUUAUAUGGCAACGAUGAUGGAAUAGUCAUUCUGGGGCUCAGGUUACCUUUGUAAGAAUCCACUGUAGCCACCUGCAGGAAGGUUCUCCUGCUGGAUUUGAAGAAGUAAGAUGCUCUGUUGUGAAAGUGCCAUUGGCUAGGUCCUGAAGGCAGCUUUCAGGAGCUGAAAGUGGUCCUCUGCUGACAGCCAAGGAGAAAACAAGAACCUCAGUCUUCUUAAAACCACAAGCCUCUGAAUUCUGCGAACCACAUGAAUGAGAUUGGAAGCGGAUUCUGAGCCUCAGAUGAGAUCCCAGCUCCAGCUGACACCUUGAUUUCAGCCUGGUGAGACCCUGAACAGAGGACCCAACUACCCAGUACCCAGACUCCGGACCCAAGGAAGCUGUGGGUAGUGUUUGUUGUUUUAAGCCACGGGGUUUGCGGUAAUGUCUCACGCAGCAACAGGGAACUGUUAACAGUAUUCGAGCUGCUAUUACUGGGCAUUGGCCUUGACUCUCAGGAGCGAUGACUAGGCUGGUUUUAAGACCUUGCGGUUGGAUUAAGUGGAUCCUUGUCUUCAUUAUUUGUGCACAAAAUUCCUCUCAGACCUGCUUUGCCAAGCUGUUGCCCUGUCUUUCUUAGGAGAAACAAAGCCCUACUACCUUGCAGGCAUUCUUCCCUGUGCCACCUCCCUAGUGAUCGACAACUAAGUUUAGUUCCUGCUCGCAGGUUCCCUCUUGCCAUGUUCUGUCUGCACAUGAUACCACUCCUGCUACUUUAUGGCGAGUCUCUUUCCCUGUGGGGCCGCGUGUGUGUGAACUACACCUAUUUAUUGUGACAUUUUUGUGUGCAUUGUCAAGCCUGCUGGACUGACCUUCCUUCAACACCUGCAGCCUGGUCUCAUUCAGUGCCCAGAAGCUGGGAUUGUUUCCUUCUCACAAUGUCCCCUGUAAUAAGUUUCCUGGCCCGGUAUUCUAGAAUUGGGCCAGUUGGGUCCCUCAGGCGAGAUAAAAUAAUCCUAAAUCAACCUUAAAUUGCUAUAAAAAUGCCCCAAAUUCUUUUAGGAAUUUAUUUAUUAAAGAGUAAUGCAUUUUUCUUUAAACCACCCAAAAUACUAAAAGAUUUGGAAUCUUCUGAGGUUUCUAAUGUUGAUAAGAGACAUGUAGCAAAAUGUUCCACUUGGGUUGCAGGGGCAUGGGAUUAGAAAAGGUAGACGGCGGUUAAGGAAGACGAAGUGGGGCAGGUUGAGCCAGGGUGCAGCCCAAGGGGAGACAGGAGGAGGGCUGGGAGGCUUUAACCCAGAAACAAGCUUGGUCACAAAACGUCUGAGACUGGUCCUGGUCUUAGCGUAAUUUUUAUAAGGAUGUAAGCUGAGCCACAAGGCAUUGCCCUCAUGUUCUGCAAAUGAACCAAGAACUUCAGUCUAUGUAAGGCUGACCCCACGUACUUUUUAGAACCAUUAAAUUCACUUAAACUGCCCACAUUAUUUACAUUUAAUCUUUAUUGAGGAAAUCUAAACAGAAUUACUAGAAAUGGGCAUCGGCUUCAGCAAGUGCCAAAAUAACAGAACAAAACUCUUUACCAUGUUCAGAUACUUGCCAAAAUUUAGAGUAAUUAAAAUGUAAAAGGCAAGAAGAGUUUCAGACAAGAAUAACGUUGACAUUUUCAGACGCUCUGCCAAAGCGAAGCUCCUCUCCUGGCACUGAGCAGGCUGGCUUGGAUGAUCAGCAGUGAGGGGUGAGCUGCCAAGGACGGCCUGCCAGGCCCCUCCGCCCCACCUGCCAGCCCCGCUGCAGGCAUCAGGCAGGCCUCGUCACCACUCGGGUCGGGUCACUAAAAAAGAUGCUUAGGCGUGAAAUGUCAUAGCUGUUUCAGUCAUUGAAAUGCAAGAUAGUUCCCGUUUUUCUUCAAAAUGGACAUACUAGAUAAAUCUUUCAGGGCACACUCAGAAUCAGUUCAAGACCUACAUAUCAUGGUUUAAUUUAAGCCCUCUCCUGAAAUUUGCUUUUCCCCAGUCUUUCCCCACUACACUCUCCGAUACUCCUCACAUUCGAGUCACUCCCAAAGGCCCUCAGGGUCCUUACUGGUCACAGUUAAAGGUAUUAAGGGGCGAGUUAGCAUGUGUAGCUCAUUAGAAGGUGUUCAUUACUUUUUAAAAUUUAUUUAUUUAUUUUUGGCUGUGUUGGGUCUUCGUUGCUGCACGCGGGCUUUCUCUAGUUGCGGUGAGCGGGGGCUACUCUCCGUUGCGGUGCGCGGGCUUCUCAUUGCUGUGGCUUCUCUUGUUGCAGAGCACGGGCUCUAGGCACAGGGGCUGCAGUAGUUGUGGCAUGCGGGCUCAGUAGUUGUGGCUCGUGGGCUCUAGAGCGCAGGCUCAGUAGUUGUGGUGCACGGGCUUAGUUGCUCCGUGGCAUGUGGGAAUCUCCCCAGACCAGGGCUUGAACCCGUGUCCCCUGCAUUGGCAGGCGGAUUCUUAACCACUGUGCCACCAGGGAAGUCCCAGUGUUAUCUACUUUUCACGCAUUCAUUGCCACUGGGCAUUAAGCAUCCCCUGUGGAAAGUGACCAGACAUGUCAUCUUUGUUAUUGUUGCUUAAGCUCUUAUUAUGGAAGUUUUCAAAAUACACAAAAGUAGAAAGAAUAAUACAAUGUGUCCCCCAUAUACCCAUCGUCCAAGUUUAUCAGUUAUUGAUAUUUAUCAGCAGUUAUUAAUUUUGUUUCAUUAUCCCCUUACACUUUUUCUCCCCUCUGAGAUAUUUUAUGGCAGACACCUUCAGACUGAAUGUGUAGUUUUUAUAUAGAGGAGUUAAGCAGGUUUCAGAGGAUUUCAGAGAAUGGGUUCCUGGCUGAGCAGCCAGUCUAGCUGGGGGGUGACACAGGGGUAUCAGCGUGAAGGAGGCAUGAGCCCAGGGCUAGGGUAGCAAAAAAUCGAUGGAUGUUUUUAAAUACAUCUUUUCUGAGAAAGAAACAAUUGAUCUUGACUGCAAACCAAAAAAAAUGGUCUUGUUCUUUUAAGGUUUUGUUUCACCUGCAGUAUAGGAAGAUUGUGCUUAUAUUCGCUUCAAGAUAUUUAUUUUAGACGUAACAUACUUGCAGUUACACUGGGUCUAAACAUCCUGUUGUAAGCGCGAUGAUAGCCCAUUGGUUCUCCGUUUUAUAGCCUGCUCUUACAGACCACGGACGAUGAUGUCACAGCUUUUAGAAAAUACAUUAAAAAGUUUCAUCAUCGCUUA